AUGUUGACAAUCACCAACAUUAAUUAUCUGGACCUACUAUGCCUUACCGGUGUUACAAUUGGAGUCUAUCUGGUAAAGCAGGUGGUCAUCAAGAAGAAUCCUGCACCAUAUCCACCUGGUCCCCGGGGGUGGCCUCUCAUUGGCAACAUUUUAGAUAUACCUCACAUCAAGCCCUGGCUCACAUUUAGUGCGUGGGGUCAGAAGUAUGGUGAUAUCACGCAUAUCAGGGUUCUGGGUCGGCACAUCAUUGUGCUGAACUCUGUCAAGACCGCAGUGGAAAUGAUGGACAGAAAAAGUAUUGUGUACUCUGACCGUCCUGUUCUUCCUAUGAGUGGCGAACUCCAACGCAAGAACUUACAUCGCGUCAUCGGCAAUCGUGCCGCAGUGGACGUAUACAACCAGGUUGGGGAGGUUGAGACUCAUCGAUUCCUGCAGCGUGUGCUUGCAAAACCCGAUCGACUGCGUGAGCAUGUCCGACACACUGUUGGCGCUGUCAUUCUGCGCAUCUCUUAUGGUUACGAAGUGAAAGAGAACAAUGAUCCCUUUGUUGACCUUGCAAACCGCGUUACAACCCAUGCCUCGCAGGCCACAGCUCCCGGUGCCUUUAUGGUUGAUAUUUUACCAUUCUUGGCAAAGGUCCCCGCGUGGUUCCCCGGUGCUGGCUUCAAGCGCAUAGCACGUGAAUGGCGUGGGACCCUCGAAGAGAUGGUUUCUGCACCCCACGAGUUCGUCAAGGACCAGAUGGUUGCUGGCGUCGCCCCUGUGUCUUUUACCUCAAAUCUUUUAGAAGGCGGCGAUGUGUCUGCGGAAAAGGAACACAUUGUGAAAUGGUCUGCCUUUUCCAUAUACGCUGGUGGUACCGAGACGACUGUUUCUGCAUUAUACUCGCUUUUUCUAGCUAUGACACUUUUCCCUGAUGUGCAGAAGAAAGCUCAGGCUGAAAUAGAUGCGGUUGUUGGUCCUGACCGUCUUCCCUCCUUCGCCGAUCGCGACUCCCUCCCUUAUACUGAGGCUCUUGCCAAAGAAGUCCUGCGCUGGAACGUUAUCCUUUCCAGUGGUUUUCCUCACUGUGUGGCUGAAGAUGAUAUCCAUAACGGGUACUAUAUUCCAAAAGGCUCCUUAGUACUACCUAACAUUUGGUUCAUGCUCAACGAUCCACAGACAUAUACUAACCCCUCUCAAUUCAAUCCUGAACGCUUCUUGGCCAAGGAUGGAAAUGAACCUGAGAUGGAUCCUCGUACGGUGUGUUUUGGCUUCGGUAGACGUAUUUGCCCAGGCCUCCACCUUGCUGAUGCUUCCGUUUGGAUAUCUGCUGCAAUGUCACUAGCCGUAUUUGAUAUUUCCAAGGUUGUUGAGAAUGGUGUUGAGAUCACCCCCGAGGUUGAACCCUUACCAGGUACGGCCAGCCACCCCAAACCCUUCAAGUGUUCCAUCAAGCCUCGCUCUGCAACUGCCCUUGGGCUCAUUGAACAAGAUGCUAACUACUAAGCCCACGAUGGUGAGACCGGAGAAAUACGCGGGAUAGAAACACUUGGCAUGCGUCGUGAUUUGUAUGUUACACUCAGGAGU